AUGGCGUCGGUGUCAAAGGCCCCCCUGGUCUGGAUAGACUGCGAAAUGACCGGCCUGGACACGGAUAAUGACACCAUCAUGUCUCUGGCUGUCUUCGUCACAGAUGCAGACCUCAAUCUCCUCGACGAAGAAGGCUAUGAGGCCAUUAUCCAUCACAGCAAAGAGCAGCUCGAUCGCAUGGGCGAGUGGUGUGUUCGCCACCACGGCCAAUCAGGACUGACGCAAUCCUGCAUCGACUCGACAACAACCGCAGAAGAAGCCGCAGAAGGCUUGCUUUCUUAUAUCAAGAAGUAUGUGCCUGAGCGUCGUACCGGGCUUCUUUCGGGAAAUUCGGUCCAUGCAGAUAAAUCAUUUCUUGUCCUACCACCCUACAGAAUUGUAAUGGAUCACCUCCACUACCGGAUUCUGGAUGUCAGUAGUAUCAAAGAGGCCGCCCGGAGAUGGGCACCCAAAGAUAUUCUCAAGAAGAUCCCCAGAAAGCAAAUGCUACACGAAGCGCGUGCAGAUAUUCUGGAGAGUAUCGAAGAAGCACGAUACUACCGCAACGUAUUCUUUCUGAACCCUAUGAAUACAACAGAGCAGAAAUAG